UUCUGUCUUUCUCCUUUCCUCUCUCCUUUUCUCUCUUCUCCCCUCCUCAACUGAUUAACUAUCUUACUAUUAUCAUACAUCUCUGCCCCAAUUGUGAGUUUGGUUUGAUCAUCAAUCAAACUCAUACAUCUCUGAUCUGACCAAUCCCACCUCUAUAGCCCCUCCAAAGUUUCACCUCCCUUACCUCUCAACCCUAUUACCCGAUCCAUUGUCUGGGAGGCCUCUUCUCUUUUGGUUCCUCGUUUCUGUUUUUUUUAUUUUUCUCUGUAUAUUAUUCCGUCGAUUCACUCGAUAUCCCUGUUGUGUAAUUGUUCCUUUAAAGCCUCUUUUGCGCUUUGAUCUCUUGUUUGAUACUUAACGACUGUUACGACCUUGACGAUCACAACAAUGGUGGAAUCCAUUACUGAGACUGUCACCAUCUCCGUCCGUCGUCCGACCGACACCCCUACCAUCUUCGUCGCCGGUACCUUUUCGGAACCUCAAUGGGAGCCAUUGGAACUGAGUGUUAAGACGAUAGAGGUCGAAUCGGAAUUAGACCCUGGCCUCUACUCGACCGAGUACCUUUUCUUCCGGGAUUUCAAGCUGGCUCCGGGGCAAUAUCAGUACAGAUUCCGAGAAGGCGCGACUGGCUCGUGGUUUCACGAUGAGUCUGUAAAGAACGCUUCUGGAACGGAGGGCCUGAUCAACAAUUACCUUACCGUCAAGCCUGCGGCCGAGCAGGAGACUCCCGUCCAGAAUGGUGCCAGUGACAAGGCGGAGGAGAGUACAAAGGAACCGGAGUCUGAAGCUUCGGAAAAGGCGGAGCCAGUAACAAAUGGCGUUCACAAGUCAAAUGGUGUCAACGGAGACGCUGAGCACGAAGCCCCUGUGGCCGACGAGUCUCCCGUCGAGGAUCAGAAGACCGAACAAGUCCCUGAGAAACCUGUCGAGACCGAUGCCAAAGCAGAGACCGAGGCAGAGCCGAAGGAGACUCUUUCCAAUAGCACCAAGGGGCCAAAAGCCAACGGAACUGAAUCCGCCGAGCAUAUCUCCGAGAGCAAGGAGGAGCCCGUGGCCGAGGAGAAGUCGGAGCCGGUGGUAGAAAAGCCCGAGGAGAAGGUGGCUGAAUCUCAGCCUGCGGCGGAGAAGGAGGACACUGAAAAGAAUGCCGAAGAAGUUCCAGUCACCUCUACCCAGGAGGAGGCGCCGGUCGUGAACGGCGAUGCUAAGGUCGAGGCUGAGAAGCAACCGGAGGAAUCCCAGCCGCAGAAGGUUGCCGAAGAAGCACCAGUGAAACCCGAGGAGCCUGUUUCUGAGACGUCCGCACCCGAAGUCACGGCUGAAGAAUCCCCCGCUCAAGAAUUGAAGACCGAGAAACCCAUCGCCACCGAGUCCACAGCAGCUGAAACUACUACAGAGCAGCCCGUCACCGAAGAGCAACCGACAGUGGAGGAGACCCCCAAGGAGCCCGCCACAGAGCCUGCCGAGACGAAACAGGCGGAAUUUGCUUCUGAGGAACCCGCCAAGGAGGAGCCGACCCCCGAAGAAUCCAAGGAAGCUCCCACCGUGGAAGAGCCAGUGAAGGAAUCCGUUAAGGAGGAGGAGGUACCGGAACAGCCCAAAGAGACGGUCUCCGAGAAGCCCGCUGCUGAAGAGGUCGUUAAGGAAGAGAUCACCGAAGAACCGAAGGACGCUUCCGCCACCGAGGAGCCAGCUGAGAAGCUUGACGAGUCGGAGAAGGCUCCUGUUCAAGAGGAGACGGUGGUGGAAGAGCCUAAGGAGACGACCAAAGAACCUGUCAAGGAAGAGACACCCGCCACUGAAACGCCUGUGGCUGAGGAGCCCGCUGUCGAAGAGCCGGUCGAGGAGAAGGCGGCGCCGGAAGAGCUUAAAGACACAUCCACCGCUGAGCCAGCCGUUGCGGAAGAACCAGUUAAGGAGACUGUCAAGGAAGAGCCGGUCCCUGAAAAGAUCGAGGAGCCUGCCACUGAGCCAGCCGUUGCUGAAGAACCUGUUAAGGAGACUGUUAAGGAAGAGCCAGUCCCUGAAGAAACCUCUGAACCAGCAGUUGCUGAAGAACCAGUCAAGGAGACUGUCAAGGAAGAGCCGGUCUCUGAAAAGACCGAGCAGCCAGCCGUUGCUGAAGAACCAGUUAAGGAGACUGUUAAGGAAGAGCCAGUCCCUGAAGAAACCUCUGAGCCAGCCGCUGCUGAAGAACCAGCGAAGGAGCCUGUCAAGGAGGAGGCAGUAUCAGAGGCACCUAAGGAGGCACCUGUUGAGGAGCCUGCUACUAACGGCACUGCUGCUCAGGAUAAGCCGUCUACCGAGGAAACUGUUGCUGAAGCGGUGAAGGAGGUGCCAGUUGUCGAAGAGUCUAAGGAGACUCUGUCCACUGCAACUCCAGACGCUCAGGAAUCGGUUGCUCAAGAACUCGCUACCGAAACCUCUGCCACUGAGGAUGUCCCCAGCGAACCCACGAAGGAGGCAGCCGCCGAGAAGCCCACAACCGCCGAUGUUGUAGCAGAGGAACCAGCGAAGGAGACAGCAACAGAAGAGACCGAAGUCGAGAAGCCUGUCAUUGAAGCACCUGUUGAAGCCAGUUCCGAAGCACCGGCAAAGGAGUCUGUUCCAGAGAGCACUACGGCUGAGGCUGCUGUCGAAACGGAAGAAUCGCAACAGCCUGCCGAGGAGACUUCCGAGCCAGCUGUCCAGGAUGAAAAGGCGCCCACCCAAAAGCCGGUAGAAGAGACCAAGGCUGAGCCUGCUUCGGAAGAAACCAACACGAAGGAAGAGGUUGCUCAAUCCUCUGUCGAGGGAAAACCCGCCGAAGAGGCCGCGCUGGUGUUUUCUGCGGAAGAAAGCGAGAAGGUUGUCGCCGAAGCCGCUAAGGAAGAGGAAGUUCCAGAGGAAACCUCUGCGAAGGCGCCUGUUGAGGUGGAGGCUACAACUGCUGAGCCUGUCGUUGAAGAAACAACCACUGGGGAGCCCGCUAAGGACUUGACGAAGAAGGAACCGGCUACACAGGAACCUGUCUCUGAAGUGCCCGCUGCUGAGGAACCAAUCAAGGCGUCAGGCCCUGAAGACGUGGUAGAAGAGCCUACAACGGAAGAAAAACCCGCCGAGGUCACCGAGCAAGAGACUAAGGAGCCGACCACCGAAGAAUCUAAGGAGAUGAAGCCUGCUGCUGAGGAAGGGACCCCCGAAGAGCCCGUUAAGGAAACUCCCGUUGUUGAGCAACCAGUUGAGUCCGAGCCCGCCAAGGAAGCCGAACCCGUGAAGCCCACCGCAGAGGAGCCUGUUAAGGAGCUCGUUGCUGAAGUGGCUGCUGUCCAAGAGCCCACUCCUGUCGAGCAACCUGCUGCUGUCAAGGAAUCUGUCGCUGCUGAGCCUUCUACGGAGGAGCCUUCUACGGAGGAGCCUUCUACGGAGGAGCCUGCUGCGGAACAGCCCGCCAAGGAAUCUGAGCCCGUGACUGAAUUGUUAUCUACUGAAGAGCCUGCCACGAAGCAAACGGCCGAACUUGAGCCAGUUGAGCAGCCAGUGGCGGAAGAAAAGCCUAUGGAUGACUCCACUGGAAAGCCAGCAACUGAGGAGGCAGUGACUGAAGAACCGGUCCCAGAACCAGCUGAGAAGGCCGUGGUUGCCGAGACACCUGCUACCGAGGAAGUCGUUGAAAAGGCUUCUACCGAAGAGCCUGCUAAGGAGCCUGUCUCCGAGGAGCCGGUCGCUGAUAAGUCUGCUGAGCAGCCGGCUUCGUCGAAUGUGGUCGAGGAGACUGCUGAAUCUUCUAAGGCUGUUGUCCCUGAGGAAAUCACCUCGAACGAGGUUGAGCCUACUGUGUUGCAGUCCCAUGAGGAGAAGCCGGAAGAGGCGACUGAGCUACCUAAGGAGGAGACUGUUGCAGCUGAGCCUGUGGCUGUUGAGACCUCUGCUGAACAGACGGCCCCAGAGACUGAACCUGAGGUUGCACCCAAGGCUGAAGCUGAAGAGGCUGUGACCACUCAGAAGGAGGAGCCUACCAGCGAGCCAGUAGCAGCAGCCCCUGCUGAGGCUGAGGAGGAGCCUGUAUCGGCUUCUUCUGGCGAGUCUCCUGUUGAGAAAGAGAGCACUGAAACAGCUGAAGUCAUCCCCGAGGCCACGAAGGAGGAUGCUCCUGAACAGGAUGGAAAGGAUGGCGUCUCAGCCGAGCUGAUUGGUGCGGGUACUGCGGUGGCAGCAGCUGCCACCGCAGGCGCUGUUGCCGUAGGACUGGCUGCUUCAUCGCAUAAGGAUAAGGAACAAGAAGCCGCGUCUGCGGAUAAAAGCUCCAAGUCUGUAGAAGAGUCUCAACCCAGCAAGGGCGAGGACAAGGCUGCCAGCCCUGCUCCUGAGUCUCAACUAUCAGCCAGUAAGGAAGCACCAUCGUCUACUUUGAAGAAGCCUGAAACUGAUAUCAAUGAACCAUGUUCAGGAUCCGAAGAGCUAGCUGCGUCAACCAACGAACCAUCCACUUCUGCCGAGCCCACAACUGCGACAGAAACCACUGCUGACAAGGCUAUGGCUCAGAAGGGCGACACCUCUCGUUCUCCAAGCCAGACUCGGGCCGUUACUCUCAGCAAUGCCAAGAAUGAUGGCUGGUUGAAGGUCAUCCUUCGCGCCGUCUUCGUCAACUUCUUUGGAGCCAUCUUCUCUCCUUUCCGCCGUCGCCCCAGGAACGACCAGUAAAUCUGCAGUGUGAAUAUUCCUCGCACUUCUUCCAUGCAUAUCAUCACCGACUCCUAUGGGAUCUGAAAGUGUGUCCUUAACCCAUUGUUACUAAUUAAUGCAUCUUUUUAGCAUGCAUAUACCCGGCUUUGUUGACCAAGCUUCUUGUCACUCAUUUUGCUCGCCUUAAUUUGAUUCCCCUGUAUUUGACUUGUGUGCUUUAUCAACUCAGCUUAUUGUUAUCUGUUCUGUUCAUUUUAUUUCUCCUCUCCAGAAUGUGUCGAUUAUUGUCCGCGAGUCUGUUGUGCCAAAACUGAUAGUAGUUAACAAAACUUGUUUUGUUUUGCCAUCGAUUUAUGUUUACCAGUAUGUAGUGAUGCGAUUAUGAUUGAUGAUAAUGAAGAUUUGAAGAUUAU